GGCGUAAGACUUUCUGGUGCCAAUGUCAUCAUGGACCGGAGAUCCGCCACUCAGGGUCUUCACUUGGCACACGCACUAUCAUAGCCAACUGCAACUGUAUGAUGUACAGUACUUUGUGUGAUGGAUUGCUUUGCCAAGGCGCGGGCUAACCAGCGUUUCGCCUUGCAGAAAAUACUCUUAAGGAAGUCACUGACACGGAAUGCAGAUGCGACGGACUUUCCUCAUAUCACUACUCGCAUUCGAACUCAGUUCAUCGCCCCACUAGCCCUACAUUCAUCCAGGGUUUGUUUGAGCAUCAACGCCAAUUGAUACAUUGUCCAUUGAUUAUUUUUGAUUGAUAUUCUCAGAAAGAAGUUUCCCAAGCAACAGCCCCAAUAAUGCGAUUUUCGCUUGCCCUGGUGGCGUCGACAUUUGUCGCAGACGCGGCGGUCUGCGCUCUCGUUUCUCCCCCGGCCCCGGUUGCUGAGGUUGCGAUACGUCAGCCCUCGCAGUACACACAGCGCGACGAGCCGUCAGGCGAAGAAUUAUGGAAGCGGAGAGGCGGCGGCGGAGGGGGUGGUCGCGGCGGAGGUAGUAGUGGAGGUGGUGGUAGUUCUGGGGGUCGUGGCGGCGGAUCUUCUGGAGGGUCUAGUUUCAGCGGAGUGCGCCCAUCGUAUGGUGGCGGGAGAUAUUACGGCGGCGGCGCGAGCGUACCGUAUAGAUCCGGCGCCAGGUCUCCCGGUGGAAUCGCGCCGGUCUUCCUCGGAGUAGGCCUACUCGCCUUCUGGCCCGGCCUCUGGCUUUACGGAGCCCACCUGUACUACCAUCCUCACCCGUACAACUACUACAACCAGACCAGCCAGCAGAACGAGACAAAGCCCGUGAUAUGCGGCUGCGAUCCCUACGAAGAGUGUGGCUGCGACACCAACAGCGACAGUCAGUUUAUGACCGACCUGAUCGGCAACGGCAGCUACAACGCCCUUAACCACACCCUGGUCACUGUCGCCGAUGUGAACGGGACUAGUACCAUUCUGAUCAACGGCACGUUGCCCAAUGGGACGGCUGAGGCUAUGGAAGAGGGUUCAGGCGCCGCCGGCGGUUUGCAAACCCUGUUGCAGAAUGUCGGGUGGUGGCCCGUCGUUGCGACGGUUGGCGCUAUUAUCUUCGCCGCCUGAGAUGUGUUUUGACAUCUUGGUUCAAGCUUGUGUUGCACAGCAGUUACGUUCCACGCUCAGUUGCGGUUUUGGCGUUUUUAUGGCCUGGCUGAUACCCAGUAACCGGGCCGGCGUUUCGGGGAGGUUCGUGUGAAUGUUUGAUAGCGGUCGGGUAGUUGCUCCGCUCUUCGGGUUGGUUAAGCGGUUUCUAGAGAGCAGCGAUAGAUAAUCAAUGAGAUCAUGGAUGUAUGACUAAACCUACCUUACAUACAAGUGAAGCUCUGAAGAAAUUCUGGUCUGAAGCGCACA